UUCUAUCCCAACUUGGAUUUGUUUGAUUUAUCUUUAUCCUUAUCGAUUUUUGAUCAAUAUUCAAUAGGUAUGUGCACGUAAGUAUGUAUUGCAACAGCAUUAUGCAAAUUCACAGAAGAAACUCACCUGAAAGAGAAGCUUGAAUUGACUAAUGGCAUCACAGCGAGAAAUUUUUCAUGUUUCAGGACCUCUCCACCUGCUAAAUUCUUUCGAUUGGAGAAACACAUUUCAUCGAAGAUCCCUUGCUGCAAGCCUUGUUCAAGGAGUUUACAUUCUGGAAAGGGAUCGUCAACGUGGAAGCAUUCAACAGGAUGCUAAUGCACCUCCAUGGUGGGAACAAUUUCAAUUUCAGUUGAAUCAUGUUCUAGUAGACGAUAGUGAUUUAUCCUACUUUGGAGCAGUUUACGAGCUCAAAUAUGCACAUCCCUUCUUCUAUCAAUCAACCCCAUGCCCUCCGAGAUAUGUGAUAGCGUUUCGAGGCACAAUCACCAGAUCUGUAACAAGAUCUGACGAUAUGAAACUAAACAUGAAGUGUAUUUUUGAUAAACUCGAAGAAAGCUCACGAUUUCGUAAAGCUUUUGAAGCCGUUUGGAACACGGUAAUGGCGGUGGGGCCAACAAACGUCUGGUUAGCCGGACAUUCGUUAGGUGCGUCUAUGGCAUUGUUGGCAGGGAGGAACAUGGCGAAGUCUCGAUAUCAACUCGAAACGUAUCUCUUCAAUCCGCCGUUCAUCUCGGUUCCAAUCGAGAAGAUGAUAAAAAACCAAACGUUGAAACACGGCGUCCGUAUCACCGGCAGUCUCUUAACGGCCGGAAUUGCGACGGCGAUGAAUCGUCACCGUAAGGAUCCAGAAGAAGAUCCGUUUGUUGUGUUGUCUGAAUGGACGCCGUAUAUAUUUGCGAAUCCAUUAGACCCGAUCUGUGCGGAAUACAUUGGGUAUUUUGAACAUAGGGAGAUGAUGGACAGGAUCAGAGUCGGAAAAAUCGAAAGGAUCGCAACGAGAUAUUCGAUCGGAAGUCUGGUUUCCGGCGCAAUGGGGAGGGAUUCCGAACCGUUGCAUCUGCUACCGACGGCUUAUAUGACGGUGAAUAUUAGUCCAUCGGAGAAUUUCAAACAAGCUCAUGGAAUUCAUCAAUGGUGGCAACAACAUUUUCAAUGGCAAUCGAAGCUAUACAAAUUUAAGUAGCGAUUUUGCAGUGAUUGCGAGAUCUAAAACGGAAUUAAUUGAUUUUUCCUUUGAGGGACUUGAGGUUUUUGACAAUUUAUGUGUUAUGUUUAAUAUGACUGCUAAUAAAUGCCCUUUUGCAUGAAGGGUAAAACUGUAAAUCCAUGUGACAAAUUAAACAGAUCUGGUGAUUUAUUUUGAUAGUAUAAUAGUUUUAAGAACUAUAAAUUCAUAAUACCAAUUAAAAAAUUAUUAAAAUUAAGUUCUUUUUAAAUAGUAAUUAUUUUGUAGAAUUAUAUUUUACUUUUUAUAUUAUUCUAACUUUAUUGUAAUGUUACAAUAAUCAUUAAUCCAAGCAAAAUAAUAUUAGAAUUUUAUUAUAGUUUUUACGUGUUGAGUAUAAGGGUUGCGUCAUUGUAUUUAUUUAUUUAGUGCAUUUUGUAACUAGACUGGGCCUGUCCACCCGUUAUCUAUUAUUAGGGUUAUAGUAUUUUUAAGUUGCAUGCAUUCAUCAUAUUUUGCAUCAUUGGAAAAUAUCUUGUAACC